AUGGAGUCGAGCAUGAAGCACAAGAGAACUGCAGUUGAAGAUGAAAAAGAAAAAGAGAUGACUAUAGACGUGAAGGUCACUAAAAUAGUCACUAUAAAAACUAAGGAAUCAGAUAGUAUUGGACACGUGAAAUCUUUAUUACAUGAUAAGGAGGGCAUACCAGAAUGUCUUGAACAACUAUUUUCAAAAGGUGUUCGCCUAGCAGAUGAUGGACAUAAGCUAAUGGAUUGUGGCAUUAUUGAAAGCUCCACCCUUAAUGCUUAUAUCUACAAUUCAGCCCCUAAGGUAUUUUUGGUGAAGAGACCCUAUGCUACUGUUGCAAUUACGGUUUAUUCAAGGAAUUUCGAUACUAUCCAGGAUGUCAAAUGUAGGGUUGGGGUCAAAGAAGAAGUAAACCCAAAUAAAUUUUCUCUUAUUCAUGAUGGAAAGUUUCUUGAAGAUGAUAGAACCUUAGAUUUUUACAAAAUCGAUGUUGGAUCAACACUUCAUAUGGUUUCCAAUGCUGGAGACACGUUUCUUAUUUCUGUGGUAAUGCCAACAGAGGAAAUAGUUAAAAUAGAAGUCAUGGCUUCCUUAACUAUUCGCGACAUUAAAACAAUUAUAGAAAGCAGAAUUGGCUACUCGAUAAAUUUUAUGGAUCUAUUUCUUGGGAAACAAAAAUUGGAAGAUUCGAAGAUAUUGUAUCAGUGUGAUAUCAACGAACAUUCCGUCUUAAGGGUGAAGAGUAGAACAAUACAGAUCCUAAUCAAGAUGAGUGGUGGAAGUAUUACUCUAGAUGUGCACAUGCAUGAGUUGGUCAAGGAUGUGAAGGGCAUACUUCUACAAAAGCUUCACAUACUUGUUCAUUUGCAAAAACUUGUGUUUGAGGGAAAAAGUCUAGCUGAUACCCAGGAUUUAGUGAGCUACAAUAUCAGAAUGCACUCUAAUAUUGUUUUUGAUUUUCGUAGUUCAAUUUCUAAGACAAUUAUCUGA